AUGUCAUCUACUUGGUCGCAAAACAAUGGAAACUCUUUAGUUGCAUCCAUGAUCAAAAAUGAACAUACCAAUGAUGAUGAACAUAGUAAUCUUUCGAAUAAUAGUAAUACAACAUCAUCAUCAACAACAAUGACAAUUACACAAAACAAUCCAUUAUUAUCGAAUAAUCAACCGCAUGUAUCUAUAAUUGAGCCAGUCUAUUCGGAAUCGGCAACGUUAAAAAAUUUUAAUCUUUCUUCUACGAAUAAUUUGCAACAAGAACAAUAUUCAUCAACGAAUGAUCCAUCAUCAUACGUUGGUCAAUUUAUCAGAUCCGAUCUUCAAUCAUAUACUGAUCCAAUAGUUUAUUAUGGCGACGGUAUGAUUGAUCCACUUCAACAAAAUUAUUCGCAUUUACAACAAGUUCUUUAUUCUCCAUCGAUAUCAAGUAUUCACCAUGGGCAGCCGUUAUCCUACGACGAUGCAACUCGGCCAAGAACAAUCGUCUAUGAUAAUGGUACCAUUCAAACGUGGCCAUCGAAUGAAGGUCAACAUUAUUUUACUUAUCCUUCAGCGCCAUUACCGAAUAUAGGCGAAUUACCACAUCUUCAACAACAUCAAAAUGAUCCAAUACAUUUUUGGCAAGAUGCUGCCACUGGUGGCACAUUUAUUCAGUAUCCCGAUGGUUCUUCGUUUGAUAUAACUGAUGGACGUGAAUGUGUCAAUUGUGGCGCUCUAUCAACACAAUUAUGGCGUCAUGAUCUUACUGGUCAUUAUCUAUGUCAUGAGUGCCAUUUAUGUCAUAGAGUAGAAAGUCCCAAUCGAUCAUUGCAACGAACAACUCGGUCUAUGGAAGAUGAUGAUCAUGCGCGAUCAUCUGCUAUAGACAAUUCUUAUUCACUUCCUCUUUCGCAACCUUCAACAAAAACUUUAUCUUCAUUAGUACAUGAAAAUUCUGAUAGAACAACUUAUUCAACUGUUAAAAACAAUGAUUCAAAUAAAUCAACUGCUGCAACGAACAAUAAACAAACUGUAACAAACUCAAGACGAUCGGGUCUUCAGUGUGCUAAUUGUCAAACACAAACUACAACUUUAUGGAGACGAAACAAUGAAGGUGAACCUGUUUGUAAUGCCUGUGGCUUAUAUUAUAAACUUCAUCAUGUUGCUCGUCCAAUGAAUAUGGUUAAAGAAGGUAUUCAAACCCGUCGGCGUAAACAGAAAAGUACCAAUGCAACUCUAUCUUCAAAAUCGAAACAUAAUAAACAUUCCAAUUUAACAGCGCCGACUAAAGAGGCUAAAGCCUGUACAUCGGAAUCGAACGGUAAUCAUGGCCUAAAGAUAACACAAGAAGAAUAUAUGACACGACCAGGAACUUAUCAAUAUGAUGAUUUGUAUCCUCAACAUAUGCAUUUACUUCAUCAUCCGUAUCCGUCAGCAUAUGAUCAACAUCAACGUUUUCAUUCUCAACCACAAUUAGAAAUGGCAACAAACGGUUUUGAUAUUGAAUCGUGUGCAAGAAAAAUGAUUACAUCUCCGUUGGUAACAACGGGUCCGGCUACAAUAAAUACUAUGACUAAUAAUGAAGUACAACAUGUAAAUGUUAUUACAAAUACGAAUAAUAAUCAACCGUGA